ACUUGCUCGCUUUUCUUCACGGCAGCUUUGGUCUGAUGGUGAUGCUGUCUGAACCUGGAGCUGAGUAUUCUUCAGUACUUCUCAGUGAGAGUCCCCGUUCCAUUCCCCUGGUCCCUGGUAAGACGUACAAGAUCUCCUGUGAAGGAAUGGAAUGGCGUCGUGAAAGAGAAGUGGUCACGGUAACAUCUGUGGGUGACGGAGUCUCAGGAGUAUAUGUUGUUAGCAGUGGGAACAUGAGGAUUCUGAUGCUGCAACUGUUCACUGAGGACUUUGUUGGAGAGUAUGUUUGCAUGGAUGAAAGUGGAGAAGAAUUUGUCAUCAACCUUUCCACAGGUAACCCAGUCCUGAUUCCAAGUCGAGAGGUGAUAGGAUUAAAGAGAGACAUCUUUCGAACAAGUCUGCCGUUUUUCUCUGUCUUUGGAUCUGGGGACCCCCAACCUCAGCCCACCGACUACAGCUGGUAUUUCAAUGGAGACCGCAUCUUUGUCAAUGGAGUUCAAGACAGCAGCGUUGUUGAUGUUGACAGUCUGUUCUCAGAAGUACUUUGCAACAUGAUAACUCUUAAACAAAGGAUUGAUUCAGGAGUGGAAGGAAUUUAUGAAAGUGUCGUCAAUACAACUGCUGGGACCACCAACAUAUCAAUAACACUAAAUACGGAAGCUGCACCUGAUCCUGUCAUAUCUGUCAUCCAAAAGUACUCCCUGGCUACUGGGGGGUUGACUGUAGUGUUUAACUGCAGUGACAGAAUGGCUGACCCCAUCCCCACCUUCUCCUGGGGUAUCAGUGACAUUGGUGGGUCAGGAAGUUCGGUUAUCACCAGCUCCUCUGGAAAUGAAGGCAGGGAGUCAUAUCUGACCAUAGCUGAGGUGGUCUCUGCCUUCAGUCGAGUAGAGAUCAGUUGUGAGUCUAGCAAUGUGGUGGAGGAUAGAACUGUUUCUGAAGUUGCAACACAAAUUCUCACCGUUUUUGAUACAAAUGUGUGUGAAACCGCAUGUCACAAGAAUGCCACAUGUACUGUUUUUAUCGGAAGUUUUGACUGUACUUGUAAUCCUGGAUUCAGUGGAGAUGGUCUCUAUUGUCAAGAAAUAGACAAGUGUGCAAGUACGUGCCACAAGAAUGCCACAUGUACUAAUUUCGCUGGUUGUAUUUGUAAUCCUGGAUUCAAUGGAGAUGGUCUCUAUUGUCAA